AAAAAAAACAGAAUGGGGAAAAGUAAAGAACAAAAUGGAAAAUCAAAAUAAUGGCUGGCUGCAAGUGCUCGCAAGAUUAUCUUUUCAAUUGUAUGCGAAGAUAAGCCACUUUUCUAUCAGCCAAACAAACUUCAUCAUCUUUCCCAAAUGAAACUGAUCACUCUCCCUUUUCCACUAUCAUGCUCCUCAAAUCCCACCCUCCUCCGCUUCAAAUUCAAACCCCAAUCAUCUCUAAACCCAACUCUCGAUUUCCCCAAAUCCCAAUCCGCACAAACCCCCACCAAAUCCCCUGUUAUAAUCAUAGGCGGCGGCCUCGCCGGACUCGCCGCGGCCACCCACCUAAACUCUCAAAACACUCCUUUCCUACUUCUCGAAGCCUCCGACGCCGUCGGCGGCCGCGUUCGAACAGACGUCGUCGAAGGCUUCCUCCUUGACCGCGGCUUCCAAAUCUUCAUCACUGCCUACCCGGAAGCCCAAAACCUUCUCGACUACAAUGCCCUGAAUCUCCGCAAAUUCUACUCAGGAGCCCGCAUUUACUACGAUGGUCGGUUCCACACCGUAUCCGACCCGCUUCGCGAUUUCUGGGCCUCCGUCAAGUCCCUUGCCAACCCAAUCGGAUCAAUUCCCGAUAAAUUGCUCAUCGGACUGACGAGAUUUCGGGUCUUGACGAAAUCGGACGAGGAGAUUUUGUCUUCCGGGGAAGAAGUAUCCACGAUGGAGCUGUUGAGGAAAAUUGGGUUUUCCGAUUCGGUUAUCGGCCGAUUCUUUCAGCCGUUUUUCGGCGGCAUUUUCUUCGAUAAAGAGCUCGGGACGACGUCCAGGUUGUUCGAUUUCAUCUUCAAGUGUCUAGCCCUCGGCGACAACACGCUCCCAUCCAACGGCAUUGGUGCGAUCCCCCAACAAUUAGCGGCAAAAUUGCCAUCCGGUUCCCUCGUUUUCAAUUCCCGCGUCGUUUCAAUUGAUUUCGACGACGACGAGGAGUCUUUGUCGUCGCCCAGCGUGAGACUGGAGAGUGGAGAGGUUUUGAAAAGCGAGCUAGGAGUGAUAGUAGCAGUUGAACAACCUGAAGCGAAUAAGCUUUUAGCGGGCAAGGUAAACGAACCGGGUCGAAUCAAACCGGGUCGAAGUACUGUUUGUUUGUAUUUCACUGCAGACCGAGCCAACAUUCCAGUCAGCGACCCGGUUCUGUUUCUCAAUGGAUCGGGCAAGGGUAUUGUGAAUAAUAUGUUUUUCGCAACCAAUGUGGCUCCUUCUUAUGGCCCGGCAGAUAAGGCUUUGGUAUCGGUUUCGCUUGUCGGAUAUUUUGAGGGCGUGGAUGAUGAUGCUCUGACGACACAAGUUGUUUGGGAGCUCUCAGAUUGGUUUGGGAGUUCAAUGGUGAGAUCAUGGAGGCAUUUGAGAACGUAUCGGAUUAAAUUUGCACAACCAAAUCAAUGUCCGCCGCUCAAUUCAACGAGAGACCCUCGAGUCGGGUUCGGUGUGUAUGUGUGUGGUGACCAUUGGACCACUGCCACAUUUGAUGGCGCUUUGGUUUCGGGAAGGAGAGCGGCGGAAGCUUUACUUAGGGAUAAUUAGGCUUAUUACUUCGACUUCUUGGGUUUAU